GGGUAGUUUGCAAAAAAUAGUUUGCAUGAUAAAACAAUAGAAAAGGAAGCCAUUGGUGAGCCCAAAAACCUUACCCUUCUUUCUCUAACCCAAAGCUUCACCUCUGGCUACCAGCAUCUGUCAUUCUGAGCUGAUUUUGCCUAACAGAUUUUUCUUGAACAUAUAAUGAAGAUUGGAAGCUGUGGUGGCAUUACUAGACCUGGAUUUUUGCUGGUACAUCCAGAUUUACCUAUCCUUAUAUAUCAUAAACAGCAGCUGAAAUCUGUGGCAACUCUUAGGAUUCCUAGUCACCUGAAGAGGAUUGGCUUCAUUACAAAAUUUCGGUGUUCUAUUGCUGAACGAACAUUCACAUCCGGCUCUUUAGAUUCAUCUAUUUCCAAGGCAAGCAAUGUUCGUCUCGGUAAGAAGCAAGGAGGUUCCUCAUCCUUGUAUUCCCAUCCUAGUUUGUUAGAGAUGAAGAAUCAGAAAGUCGCAAAUCGUGCCAGAGUUUAUGAGUUUUUGCGUAGUAUUGACAUUGUUCCUGAUGAACUUGAUGGAUUGGAACUUCCUGUGACGGUUGAGGUUAUGAGGGAACGUGUGGAUUUUCUCCUCCAAUUAGGUCUCACAAUCGAAGACAUAAACAACUAUCCUCUUGUUCUUGGUUGUAGUGUGAAAAAGAACAUGAUUCCUGUCCUUGACUAUCUUGGAAAGCUGGGAGUUAGAAAAUCCUCUUUCACUGAAUUCUUAAGAAGAUACCCACAAGUCCUCCAUGCUAGUGUUGUCGUAGACCUUGCUCCAGUGGUUAAAUAUCUUCAAGGUAUGGAUAUAAAGCCAAAUAAUAUUCCAAGGGUGCUUGAGAGGUACCCAGAACUUCUAGGAUUCAAGCUUGAAGGGACCAUGAGCACAUCAGUGGCUUAUCUGGUUGGAAUUGGGGUGGCAAGGAGAGAAAUAGGAGGUGUUUUAACUAGGUACCCAGAGAUUUUGGGGAUGCGAGUAGGCCGGGUGAUCAAGCCUUUUGUGGAGUAUCUUGAAAGUUUAGGUAUACCGAGACUAGCAGUAGCCAGAUUGAUAGAGAAGCGACCACACAUCCUUGGAUUUGGUUUAGAGGACUCGGUUAAACCAAAUGUUGAAUCCCUUCUAGAGUUCAAUGUAAGAGAAGUCUCACUUCCUUCAGUGAUAGCACAAUAUCCUGAGAUUAUAGGAAUUGACCUGAAGUUAAAGCUUCAGAGUCAAUGGAGUUUACUUCAUUCUGUUAUUGAGUUGAGUUCAGAAGAGUUUGCCAGAAUUGUGGAGAAGAUGCCACAGGUCGUCAGCCUUAGUAGAAUACCUAUAGUUAAGCAUGUGGACUUCCUUAAGGAUUGUGGUUUCUCCUUACAACAGGUAAGGGAGAUGGUUGUGGGAUGUCCUCAGUUGCUUGCUUUGAAUAUUGACAUUAUGAAACUUAGCUUUGAUUACUUUAAAAUGGAGAUGGAAAGACCUUUGGAUGACUUGGUUACUUUCCCAGCAUUCUUUACAUAUGCUCUUGAGUCCACUAUAAAGCCAAGACAUAAAAGAAUUUCAAAGAAGGGGCUGAAAUGUUCACUUUCUUGGCUUCUUAAUUGUUCUGAUGAGAAGUUUGAACAAAGAAUGGACUAUGAGACCAUUGACAUGGAGGAGAUGGAAAUGCCAUCAUUUGACAUGAAUACUCUCAUAGAACCAAGGAGUGAGGAGUCUGACUCGGACUAUGAGGAGGACAGUGAAGAUGAGCACAUAUAAGAACGAGUCAUCAUUAGGUGGUGGUCUGCUUUGGAGAAGAAUCUUGGCUUAGUGAAAUCAGAGUUUCAUGUAGAGUUGGUGUACUUUUAGAGGUUUUUAUCUGAGCAAAGAGAUUGGAUCCAGUAAACUUGAAUAUUCUCCAACGUAUGACUAAGAUAUACUAGGACAAAGUAAUGCUGAUUUUGCUUUUGCAAUUCAUUGUUCUUGUAAUGAACAAGGUUUAGGAGAAUAAUAAGUUUAGUUUGCCUUGGGAUAACUUCUGUGGUUAGCACGACCUAUUGUGGGUAGCUGGAUUUGUAUGAUAAUCUGCAGUUCUGGACCUUGGUGGAAUGAGGAUUGAGAAUACAUGUGCUGCUUUUGGUGGCAUUCAGAUCUGUAAGUAAAUUUGAAGGAAUUUUGAUAUAUACAGAUAGAUAUAAUAGUAUCCACCCAAUUUGUGACUAGUUGACUUCCUGCCCCUCUUUCCCUGUAUUAUUACGUUUUCCACCAGGAAUGGUUGGAACUUCUACGUAAAUAAACAUUUUCAAAUUUGUAAUUCAAAAUUUUGAAGAUUCCUCUA